UUCACUUUCUCCUCCUCUUCCUCCUCCUCGCCUUCCUCCCUCUUUCUCUUCGCUUCCUAUAUUAGCUUCUCAUUUCCUCUGCCUCUUUGCUCCUGUCCGGUUUACUCUUGCGUGCUUGGCCCCGCUGCGCUGUGGGGGACACGGGGGCAGGAACGUGGCCUGCCGCCGCCAUGCAGAUCACACUGAAAACGCUGCAGCAGCAGACCUUCCGCAUCGACAUCGACCCCGAGCAGACGGUGAAGGAACUGAAAGAGAAGAUUGAGUCAGAAAGGGGGAAAGAUGCUUUUCCAGUAGCUGGCCAAAAACUGAUUUAUGCAGGUAAAAUCCUUAAUGAUGAUACUGCUCUUAAGGAAUACAAAAUAGAUGAGAAGAACUUUGUGGUUGUUAUGGUGACAAAAGCCAAAGCAGCAGCUGGAGCAACUCAGCAGUCGAAUGCUACUACUGCGACUAGCUCAACGAUUGCAGCUCCCACACCAGUCACUGCACCACUCCCUGAUGCUGCCCCUGUACCAGCUCCUGUUCCUCUACCACCAGCACCAGAUGUAGUUGCCUGUGAAUCAGAACCUGUGAGUGAUCCUAAAGAAGAGAGGCUAGCAGAAGAGCUACCUGAGGCACCAGCUGCUGUCAGUCCAUCAUCAACUGACAGUACAACAGGUGAUACAUCUCGAUCAAAUCUUUUUGAGGAUGCUAUAAGUGCACUUGUAACAGGUCAGUCCUAUGAGAAUAUGGUGACUGAGAUCAUGUCAAUGGGCUAUGAACGAGAGCAAGUAAUUGCAGCGCUGCGGGCUAGCUUCAACAAUCCUGACAGAGCAGUGGAAUACCUUUUAAUGGGCAUACCCAGAGAUAAUCAGGCUGCGGCUGAACCCCCUCCUCCAGCAGCAAGCAGUGGUGCCUCUCAGUCUUCAGCAGUGGCAGCAGCUGUAGCAACUAUACCUACAACUACUAGUUCGUUGGGAGGACAUCCACUCGAGUUUUUACGAAAUCAGCCUCAGUUCCAGCAGAUGAGACAAAUUAUUCAGCAAAAUCCUUCUCUGUUACCAGCAUUGCUACAGCAGAUUGGAAGGGAGAACCCUCAACUACUGCAGCAAAUAAGCCAACACCAGGAACACUUUAUUCAUAUGUUGAAUGAGCCAGUUUUGGAGUCUCGCCAAGGUUUAGCUGGCAGUGAUGAUGGUGCCAGCACUGGAGGACUAGCAGAAGCUGGAAGUGGUCACAUGAACUACAUUCAAGUAACACCUCAGGAAAAAGAAGCUAUAGAAAGGUUAAAGGCAUUAGGAUUUCCUGAAGGACUUGUGAUACAGGCGUAUUUUGCUUGUGAGAAGAAUGAAAACUUGGCUGCCAACUUUCUCCUACAACAGAACUUUGACGAAGAUUGAGAAACACUUUCUUGUUUCACAUCUCACACCAGUGCAUUACACUAAAUUUGCUCACUCGAUUGUCUGGGAUUUUGGGCUUACAUUCAUAAUGCUUGGUGUAUGGUAUAUGGGGAGGGGCAAAGAAGAUAAUAUAGGCAGCAGAACAAAGAAAGCAGCAAGUGUGUCUGCUUUAAAUUAGCGGAUGCAGAAAACAAAAAAUAAUAUACAACCAAAAAUCAGCUCCUGCAGACAAUUAGUUCCUUCUCUAAACUGUAGGUUAACUUUUUCUAGGUGUUCAUUCUUACCGUGUACUAGUUCCAGCAAUGUAGUGUAAUGCCCUGCUUCAUGUUCUUUUCUACUUAGUAUUGGUAUGGAAAGUAGCCUGCGCUACUAGGUUCUACAAUCUGUAUUUUGUGGCAACACUGGAUAGCAGCUUUGUGAAAUCUAAAAGAUUGAGCAAAUGUAAACAUGAAUGCCAAAAUAAUGGGUAGUUGUUUUGCUUUUAAGGUCUGUUAAGGCAGUGCAAGAAACACAGUAUUUCGCUUAAUGCUGGAUUAAAGUAAUGUUGGCUUUUUUCCAAAUGAAAAUCUAUUUCAGUU